AUGCAGCGUCUCCAGAUCGCGGUCGUCGGCCUUGGUCGUAUGGGCAAACGCCAUGUUGACACUCUACUCUACCGUGUUCCAAAAGCACAUGUGGUAGCUGUCUGCAGCACUGACCCCAGUGAAAUCAAAUGGGCCACACUCAACCCCGAGUACCGUGAGUUCGGGAUCAAAAUAUAUGAUAACUACGAUGAAAUGCUGGAACAGCCGGGUCUACAGGCCGUGUGGAUCUCUACUAGGUAUAUUAUUCAGAUCUGCUCCUUCACCAUGGCCGGAAACACUAAGACCUUUCUCUUAAGCACCGAUGUCCACAGUAGCCAAUCGCUGGCCGCUAUUGCAAAGAAUAUCCAUGUCCUCUGCGAGAAACCCUUGAGCACUGAUAUUGCUGAGGCUCAAUCUGUUGUGGACGCUGCCAAAGAAAAUCCGCACCUAAAGGUCAUGGCCGGCUUUUCUCGACGAGUCGAUGCUUCCUACCGCGAUGCAGGGGAAAAGAUUUACGAAAAGCAAGCAAUUGGAAGUCCCUUCAUGGUCAGAUCUAAUACUUGUGAUCUCCGUGACAGGACUGGUUUCUUUGUCCGAUACGCCUCUCGCAAUGGCGGCAUAUUUAUAGAUUGCUGUAUUCACGACAUCGAUUUGUCCCUUUGGUACCUGGCAAACCCUCUCCCCAAAGCCUGCUGGGCAGUGGGUACCCUCCAGCACCAUCCAGAGCUUAAGGCUCUUUCAGAUGUGGACAAUGCGGUCGGAGUUGUUGAGUUCCUGGGCGGAAAGAUUGCCUACUUCUACUGUUCUCGCACGCAGGCACAUGAGCAUGAUGUCUGCACAGAGAUUAUUGGAACUGAUGGGAAGCUGAUGGUGAACGUUGUACCCCAGCAGAACAAUGUGGUUCUUGCUGAUGAGCUUGGCAUGCGUCAUGAGGUCCAGCCGGAGUACUGGCAGCGGUUCCAGGAUGCUUUCGCGCUUGAGGCCAAUGAGUUUGUGGAGUCUAUAUUGAAAGAUACUCCUGUGCCUGUGAAGCUUGAGACUGGCAUCAUGGCCAUGAAGAUAGCACAGGCUCUUCAGCAUGCCCUGCUUACUGGGGAGGUGGUUCGCUUCAAUGGAAGUGGAGAGAGACUGAAUUAG